AUGGCGCCGAGGGGGAUCGCUGUCUCCGAAUUGAGGAAGGAAGGAAGGAUCGGAAAGCCCGGCCUCGCCUCGCCCGCCCGCGCCAACCACCCGUCCGUGCGCCCGCGCCAAAUGCCGCCGCCUCCGACCCGCGCUGCUGCUGCUGUUGCCGCCGGCGCCGCGCUCCUCCACGGGCUCCCACUGCCCCGGGGAGACUCCGAAACCAGCGCCGCCCCACGGGCUCCCACUGGUACUGCAGCCCCGGGGAGACUCCGAAACCAGCGCCGCCCCACGGGCUCCCACUGGUACUGCAGCCCCGGGGAGACUCCGAAACCAGCGCCGCCCCACUGGGCUCCCACCGGUACUGCAGCCCCGCCGGCGCCGCCCCACUGGGCUCCCACCGGUACUGCAGCCCCGCCGGCGCCGCCCCACGGGGCUCCCACCGGUACUGCAGCCCCGGGGAGACUCCCAAACCAGCGCCGCCCCAUGGGCUCCCACUGGUACUGCAGCCCCGCCGGCGCCGCCCCACUGGGCUCCCACCGGUACUGCAGCCCCGGGGAGACUCCCAAACCAGCGCCGCCCCACUGGGCUCCUCAUGGUACUGCAGCCCCGGAGAGACUCCCAAACCAGCGCUGCACCCCUGGGUUCCUAGUGCGGGGCCGCUCGCCAGCGCCGCCCUCCUCCGCCGGCUCCCAGAGGCACUGCAGCCCCGAUGAGAGACGCCAAAACCAGCGCCGCCGCUCGGCUCCGAGCAUCACUGCGGCGACAGCCUGGACGCCGAAACCAGCGCCGCCCUCACGGGCUCCCAGUGUUGCUGCAGCCUGGAGCCGUCCGCUGGUUACUGCAGCCCGACAGCGCUCCCCCACUGGGCUCCUGCUGGCACUGCAGCCGGGAGCAGCCCGCCAGCGCUGGCACCGCCCCAGCGGGCUCACAGCGCCACUGCAGCCCCGAGGUGGGGAGUCCGAAACCAGCGCCGUCCCCCGGGCUGCUAGUGUUACUGCAGCCUGGAGCCGCCCGCCAGCGCCGCCCACCGGGCCAGUCGUGUUAGUGCAGCCUGGAGCCGCCCGCCAGCGCCGCCCACCGGGCCAGUCGUGUUAG